CGCACUCCAUAACCCAUGCAGACAGACCGCGAGCAUCCAUCGCGCUGGUCGAACGUACCAGGUUACUGGUUCAAGGUCGCGCAUCGUCCCCGAAAUAGUUGCAAAUCGAAGUGUUUUCGCGCUCGUUUUGAUUUUAUUUUUAAUUAUUACGCGGCUGAAGGCCGCUCUGAUUUGGUGUGCACAUGCCGAGUACAGCGUGCAGUCGCGCGCGCGCCGCGACUUGAUCAAAACAUAAAAUUUGUUGCAAUAUUAUCUUGAUUGCUCCGUGCUGCGAUGUCUUCCAAAGUGCUCGUGCCGACUUCCCCCUUCACCAAACUGCAGGUGAAGAAGUCACCACCAGAAGCAGCAUCUAGCGGGUUCUUCGUAGGAGGUGAUGCUGGCGCUCGUGUGGCGCACCUGGAGCAUAGCGUUCGCUUCCUGCAGGAGCAGCACCGGCAGAUGCUAAGUGGACUGCAUGCGGAGAUUGAAGCGCUACGUGAAAGGAAUCGAGAUCUGCAGUUCCAACUGAUUUUCAACAAAGAUACUGCACCAAAACCCGUCGCUACAGUCGGUGAGGAACCAGCGGAGAUUAACGAGGAGGUGCAGUCCCUGCGCGUGGACGUGAGCCGGCUGGAGCGCGAGGCGGCGGCGGCGCGCGGCGAGGCGCGGGCGGCGGAGGCGCGCGCGCUGCAGCUGCAGAAGCAGCUCGACGCACUCACUGAGAAGUUGAAGUCUCUAGAGUGCCGGUCGGGCGAAGGCGGGGGCGGGGGUGGGGGCGGGGGCGAGGGCGAGGGCGGGGAGGAGGCGGGCGGCGUGGGCGGGGGCGAGAGCCGCGGCACGCUGCGCGCGCGGCUGGCGGACGCGGAGCGGCUAGUGCGGCGGCUGCGCGGCGACGCCGAGCGCCAGCGCAGAGAGGUACUCGCCGGCGCGGCGGCCGCGGCGGCCCCGGGCGGCGCGGUCACGAACCUCUUGUUCGACGGCGCCGCCGCCCGACACGCACACCUGCAGUGUAUGAAGAACUCCCUGCAGGCGACGGUGCGCGCUGGUGGACUUGACAGCUUCGGUUUCCAGAACACCUAUAAUUUCACCCCCAUGCAGGACUUCUGGGUCGACACGCUGCUUGAUGUUUGCAGGGACAUGCCGCGCGGGGGGCGGCGGCGGCCUCUGGCACUGCCCGAGUUGGUGCCACAUAGAGCUACUAUCUUUGCCAAUCCGCACGCACGCGGCAGAAAUUACGCAUAUGAUAAAAGCAAAAAAUCGUCAGUGACAAAUGGUGAUACGGGCAAAGGGAAACACAGCGGACAACACAGUAGGGAAGAAUCGCAUGAACAGACCCGUUUAAAAGAGUUAAGCACUGACAAUUUAUCGAAAAAGAACGAUAAAACAAAAGUGAACUCUAUGGCCACGUAUCCAGAGUUGAAAAUUGUGGUUACAAAAAUAAUACCACACGGAAAGGUGAACGUGGCGGGUGCUGGGGGUGUGGGGGGUGUGGGCGGUGCUGGGGGCCCGCCCGCGCCGCCACCACCGCAAGCACGCCACAGACCACACUAUGAUAAUCAUUCCAAAGUAAUCUAUUUACUGCCGCAAGUAUUCCGCAGAAAUGAUAAUUUUUGA